GAAUGUGUCAACAAUGUUUUGUUUUGAAAUUUCAAAUUCAACCGAAAAGUUAUUAAAAGAAACUUGUUGAGCGAAUACCUAGCUUGUUUGUUGCAAAACCUGUUGGUUACUAUUUCCUAAAUUUGUUAGAAAAUACAAUUCGAAAUGCUUCCAUCGAGAUAUGUUCCUGGACAAUCAUCGGCCAUGCGAAAAUCGCGUUUGGAAGGCAAGCCAUCUAUGCUGCCCAAGCCUCGUCGGCCGGGCUCCACGGAGCGCCUGUCGGUGGAGCCUCGGCGGCCGAGUACCGCCGGACACCGCUCGAGCAGCGCGGAGCCCCCGAGAGCCACAUUCGGCGGCGGCAGGCUGAGUAGAGAAGCCUCCGCUACCAAACUGCCUUUAAAUGGUAGAUCAAGAUCACAGCAGGGAGACAGAUUCGGACAGUCAUCCAUGACCCCCUUGCGGUCCAGCCACUAUGCAUCCCGACCCACUACCACUCCUGUUCGGACACCGACUGAAGACCGAGCUCGUAACUGGCAGGCUUGUCUGGACAGAGCCUUGUCAUUUGUCACUAUGAAGGACCAAAGGCCCAUCUCGAGCGUGAGCUGGCAGCGCGGCGAGAGCGCGCGCGUGCAGCCGCGGCUGUGCGCGCGCGCGCUGCAGCUCAUGCGCCCGCUCACUAUCGCGCGCUUCGUGGACAUCGUCGGCGCGCUGCUCACCGCCAUCACCAGGGACGCCAAGCUCAACAACGACAACUAUGUCACCAAGAUGCCGCACCUGUCCAAGCGGCUGCUGUACCCGGGCGCGGUGUCCAAGUCGUGGCUGAAGGCCGUGAACACGCUGCACGCGUUCCCGCACGCGCUCGCGCUCAUCUCCUAUCUACUGGACAUGCUCACGCACAUCGAAAUGCCGGUGACCGACGACUGGCUGUACAUAGGAAAGGACGAUUUGUCUCGACUGCGAAGGGACUAUUUGGACAAAUGCUGGAUCAGGUUCCAAGAUCCCGGUCACCAGUUUGAGGAUCUAAAUGAAGAAUAUUUGCUGAACUUGAAGGCUCUGCUUGGAAAUGAUGAGGAGAAGAUUGUAGAACUGCAAGAAAUUAUUAAGAAGUACGAGGCGUGCCUCGAGGACGAGGCGGAGACUGCGGCGCGCGAAGGCGAGACGCGGCGCGCACAGCGUCGUGCAGCACUGGCGGGCGCGCGGCGCGCUGUGGCGGUCGCGCGCCGCGCGCUCAGCGCCGACCGCGAGGCGCUGCUGGCCGCCAGAUCCGACCACACAGAAGCGCUGAGGACCCUCGACGUGGAAAUAGAACGGGCGACAAUAGAUAGCCAACAACUGAAACAGGAGCUUGAGAGUCAGACCAUGUGUGUGACAGAGAGGACCAAGUUGCUGGACGAAGUGGACUAUUCUAACAGGGUGCUGGAUUCUAAACGCGAUCUGGCUGAACAGAUUGCCAAGAUGGUUCUGAGUAAAGAAACAGAGUUGGCAUUAUGGCAGAAGAAGACGCUGUCGAGUUGUGUGGAGUUCAAACAGGGACUCAUACAUCUGUCCGGUCAGUUCCCAGACUUGGCACUGAGUAUUGAUGAGAAGGAGCUGAUGGAGCCGGAGUGCGCGGCGCUGGUGUCGUCGGCGGUGGCGCGGCUGCGGCGGCGCGCGGAGGAACUCGCGGGCGAGCGCGCGCGCCGCGUGCACUCGCGCGUCGCGCGCGCGCGCCAGCGGCACGCUCACAUGGAGGAAACCCGCGCCAAAAUAUCCGAACUCAAAGCCACCAUAACCCGCGAACAAGAAUCCCUAGAAACCGAACAGGCCAUAGAAACUGCCGAAGCGAACGCUUGGUCCCAACAGUUACAGGAGAUCAACACAAAAAUGGAGGAACUAAAGAAAAAUCAAGAGGUUUAUAGCCAAGCCGAGUCAGAAUUGGAGUUUUGGGAGAAACAAGAAGUUGCUUGGAAUGAAAAAUUAAAAGAAAUGAGGGAAUAUAUAGUGUAUCAAAAGGCAGAGUGUGAUAGAAUGUUGGAAGCUGCUAAAGAGAAAAGAGCUAACAUGUUAAUGGAGUGUGUCAAACAGUGGAAUGGGAAGGUCGUCUUGUGAAUUUGGUCUUGUAACACAUACAAAAUAAAAAUAAGCUAUUUUAGACAUUAAUAAUGAGAUGAAAAAUCUAGUUAUACAGGAUAGACGUGAGUUCAAUUGAAAAUAAUAAUAUCAUUAUUAUUUUCAAAGUUAAUAAUUAAUUAAAAUUAAAAACUACAUGUGACAUGUAUAACAAUUCCAUCUGUAAAUAAGCUUAAUAAACAUAUUUUUUACAAGCAUUUAGAUAUUUUUAUCAACAGUUCACAUCGAAGUUUUUUUAAGUGUUUUAACAAAACAUUCUGAGCUAUUUUGUAACACCAAAGUAUUAUAAGGGCCUAAUCUAAAAACUAAAAUUAUGCUAAAUAAACAAAUAGCAUUUAAAUAGUUUAGACAAAAACACAUAGGUACAGACAAACAGAUUUGAUAGCUAAUAGAUAGACCCGUCAUAUGUUCCACUUCACUCAUACAAGAAAUAUGCGCGCGUAUUAGAAAUACACAAGAGACAAGACAGAGCGCUGAUAUUAUUUUGUUCCUCAUAACGUGCCCGGCCCAAUUUUAGAUAAAAUUUAUCAUAGACAUAGACGAAACCUUCAGUUGGCUACUUUUCAUCGUCUAUUUUUGCUAACGUUAACACAACUGUGCUUCCAAAGAAUUUUGUGGGUGCAUCGUAUGUAUAUAGUUAAAGAACCCUGAUCAAUCAUAGGCUACUUUUCAGCCCCCAAAUGACUAUAAUAGUUUCGUUUCGUCACGCGGGCGGAGCCGCGAACAAAAGCUGGUUUUGUAAAUAAAAAUGUUCACGAUUA